GUCGGCAGCUGGAAGUGAGCGACGCCGACACGGCUCCUGAUGAGCUGGAGUUUGAGCUGGUGGAGGCUCCCGUCAACGGAGAGCUGAUUAAGACCGAUGGCGGCACACACACAAGCAUGGCGAACGGCGACAUCUUCACCUUCAGCGACAUCACACUCAACGUUCUGCUCUAUCGACACACCAACCUCGCCACCCGGGAUGACGCCAUCACCUUCUCCGUAAGCGAUGGCAUCUCCAUGGCGCUCAUCGUGGUGCAGGUGGCGGUGCUGGACGUCGGGGGGGAGGGGCCGCAGCGGGACCCAGCAGCCACGCUGUCUUUGGAAGUGGGCCAGAAGAGCAGCACCGUGAUCAGGCGCUCACACCUGGCUUACACUGACAACACGUCCCCAGAUAACCAGAUUCAGAUCCAGUUGGUGUCGGUGCCGAUGUACGGCCUGCUGACCAGGAGCCAUUCCCAGCAGGAGCACCAGGAGCUCAGGGAGUACUCCUCCUUCACCAUGGAGGACAUCAGCAAGCACCAGAUCAGGUACAUUACUUCCAUAGAGACGGGCAGCCAGCCGAUCACCGACAUCUUCCACUUUGUUGUUUACGAUGGGGACAAUAAUCACCUCGACAACCAGAUGUGCACCAUCACCGUUACCUCCACGCCAAGACAGCCACCCGUGGUUACAGUCAACAGCGGCAUCAAGGUCCAGGAAGGCGGCCGAGUGGCGCUGUCUACCAAUAACAUCCUAGUGUCAGACCUGGACACACCCAGGAAGGACCUGCUGGUUUGGAUCAUCAGUCCUCCAAAGUACGGCUUCAUUGAAAACACCAACAGAGGUGAGGCCUUCCUGUAUAUGUGUACAGACAAUGUGUAUGAUUUGAUGGGUGAAGAUGUGAAACGUAAAGAAAAAAAGUUUGGCAUGAUGGAUGGUGUUGAAGACCAAGUCUGUAACCAGGUGAUGUCAAACUGA